CUGGGCAACAAGAACAAAACUCCGUCUCAAAAAAACCAAAAACAAAAAACCACAUAGGUGUUUUGAGUUUGUAGGCGGCCUGUGGUUUAAUACCUUUCUCUCCCAUUUAAUUCAGCUCCACGGGGCACAUGGCAUCUCCCUCUGCUCAUCACAAUGUCUGCAUCAAACAAAUGAAAAACAAAAACAUGAUGGGCUCUCCCAGCAGAGCUCCAGGGUUGGAAAGAGCCCCCUGGCAGGGAAUUGGCACCCCGUCAUGCCCAUCCUCUCUCUCUCACUGCCUGCUGGAAAGGCCCCCAUCUCCCUUUGAGUCCUCCUCCUGGGGGACCCCUGUGAGCCCCAUUAACCUCUGUCCUGAAAUCAUCACAAUGGCCAGGGUGGCCUCAGCUCAGGGCCUCUGUGACAUCACCAAGGGCCUGGCACCAGGUGCCCAGUCUCCCAGUUGCGAGGGCAAGCAAACCCAUCAUGAGCAUCUCCCUUCCCCAUCUCUGCUCACCAUGUGGACGCUGAAAUGGUUCCUGGUCCUGCUUCUGUGCCUCACCUGCAGCUAUGCCUCUAUGUUCUCUUCUCGGAGAGAGAAAACUAGCGAACCCCAGGGGAAGGUGCCGUGCGGAGGGCACUUUCGGAUUCGGCAGAAUCUACCAGAGUACGCCCAAGGCUGGCUUGGGAGCAAAUGGCUCUGGUUUUUGUUUGUUGUUGUGCUGUUUGUGAUACUGAAGUAUCAAAGAGACAGUGAGAAGAAUAAGGAGCAGAGUCCUCCUAGCCUUCGAUGCUUCCCAUUUCGCACUCCACUAAAGAAAAAUCAAAAUGCUUCUUUUUUCAAAGACUGUACAUUCAAUACCUUACACGAACUCGACGUGGAGCUUGUGAGAUUUAUGUCCAAAGUGCGGAGUCUUAAAGGUGCCAUGGCAACAGGCAAUAUCAGUAACCUCAAGCUUCAAAGGUCAGAGAUGCCUGCAGAUCCAUACCAUGUCACGGUCUAUGACAUAUGGGGAGAAGAAAGCUCUAGCUGAAUGGAUUUGUGCGUCAAAGUAGGAGAGAAAAAAGUUGAGUGUUGACAAACUGUAUGCAAAUCAAUAAAAGUAUUCUGAAGAAAAGAACUUCCACGUUUGAGAUCUUGCUUCUUUUCUCUUUUUCACUAGAAGAAAAAGUGAAUGUGAGACCAGCAGCCAUAGCAGUGAUGGUUUUGUUUUUGCCCCUCUCACGUCCUCUAGAGCUGUGGGUGGUGAGAAGAGCACCGAAAGCUACAUAAUAGUAUGUGAUGAGCUCGUGCUUCCGUGCAAUGGCGGCGGGUGGAUGACGGAGCUGGGGAAAUCUGGGAUAAGAUGCUGACGUCGU